CUCGGCAGUCGCAAGACACACCAAUAUCGAAGAUGAACGUCCGUCUUGCCGCCUUCGUUGCCGCCCUCGCCAGUCUUGCCGCCGGUAUUGACGCUGGCCGAUCGGGAAGCUGCCCAUUCGGCUUCGACAAGGUCGCGUCUGUCAAGGAGCAGGACCGUCAGAUCUCCAGCGAGCUGUACGACCCCAAGAGCUGUGAGGUGAUCAACUAUGACCUUGUGAAGGCAGACCUCGAGAAGCUGAUGACGGACUCACAGGCUUUCUGGCCCGCAGACUUCGGCCACUACGGUGGUCUCUUCAUCCGUCUGGCUUGGCACUGCAACGGCACGUACCGUCGUGCUGACGGCCGCGGCGGCUGUGACGGCGGCCGUAUCCGCUUCAAUCCGGAGCACAGCUGGGAAGACAACACUAACUUGGACAAGGCUUUGAAGCUGCUGAACCCCAUCAAGGAGAAGUAUGGCGACGCCCUCUCAUGGGGUGACCUCAUUGUGCUGUCGGGUGACGUUGCUAUUAAGAGCAUGGGUGGACCGGUGCUCGGAUUCUGCGGUGGUCGUCGUGAUGAUGCUGAUGGCACGAGCAGUCUGCAGCUAGGCCCUUCGGCCGAGCAGGAGAGCGUGGCCCCGUGUGAGGUGAAUGGCCAGUGCAAGGAGCCUCUUGGCCCCACCACAAUGGGUCUUAUCUACGUGAACCCUGAGGGUCCCAUGGGCAAGCCCGACCCGGUUGGAUCCGUUGCCGACGUGCGCGACACAUUCAAGCGCAUGGGCAUGAACGACCGCGAGACGGUGGCUCUGAUCGGUGGUGGCCACGCUUUUGGUAAGACACACGGUGCCUGUCCGUCGGGUCCUGGUCCUUCUCCGUUGAAGGACCCUGAGAACCCGUGGCCCGGCACCUGUGGUGAAGGCGAGAUGAAGGGCAAGGGCAACAACACGUUCACCAGUGGCUUUGAGGGUCAGUGGACAUUCACGCCCACCAAGUGGGGCAACGGCUACUUCAAGGGUCUCACCAGCUUCGAGUGGGAGAAGUUCGACGGCCCCGGUGGCCACGUCCAGUGGCGCCCGGUGCCCGACACGAACCCUCCCGUUCGUAUGUUAACGGCCGAUAUCGCGCUGCUGCACGAUGAGAGCUACCUCAAGAUCUCUAAGGAGUUCGCCGCUGACCAGGCUGCUCUGGACGAGGCAUUCUCACACGCCUGGUACAAGCUCGUGUCGCGUGACAUGGGUCCGGUUGCUCGUUGCCGCGGUAGCGACAUCCCCCCUGUUCAGCCGUUCCAGAACCCGCUACCCCCGACGCCCGAGAACCUGCCGGACUUCGACGCUGUUCGUGCGGACAUCAAGGGGCUGCUUACUAAGUCCGUGGACGGUCUUCCGAGCGACUCGAGCAGCGAUGGCAAGGCGUACAACGGCGCCCUGUUCGUCCACGCCGCUUGGCAGUGCGCCUCAACGUUCCGUAUCACGGACUACGCUGGCGGCUGCAACGGCGCUAAGAUCCGCUUUGCGCCGCAGAAGGACUGGCCCGUGAACGCUGGUGUCGACAAGAUCAUCGCUGCUCUUGAGCCUAUUAAGGAGAAGUACCCCACGCUAUCGACUGCUGACCUCAUCGUGCUGGCCGGCCAGGUUGCCCUUGAGGACGCUGGCAAGGUAAAGAUCGACUUCCUUGGUGGCCGUACGGACGGUCAGAACGGCGACGGCGACGAGAUUCUGGCCCCGCGUGAGUACUACAACUCGUCGGUGACAGCUGUGCGUGACAACAUUAAGAUCCUGGGUGUGUCGCCGGAUGAGGCCGUGGCUCUUGCCGCUCGCCCGCGUAGUGCUGCGCAGCAGAAGGUGCUGGGCUUCAGCGGCUCGUACAGCAACAGCUCGGCUACGCUGUCCAACGAAUACUUCAAGGUGCUGCUGAACGAGACGUGGACGCCCGUGUCCAAGAAGGAGUUCAAGGCCGGUGCCAAGGACAUCUACAUGCUCGACACGGAUCUGGCACUGCUCGAAGCGCCUGAGCUCAAGGCGACGGUGGAGAAGUUCGCCUCCAACGAUUUCGCCUUCAAGCAGACGUUCGCCAAGGCCUGGAACAAGGUCAUGACGGCCGACCACUUCAAUGCCGACAGCUACUAA